AUGAGCGCCAACGGGCCCGCCCCAGACCCAGCCCCAGAGGCCCCUCCCGCCUCAACCCCUGUCCCUGCUGCGGCCCCAGCCCCAGCCCCUGUUGCACCACCCGCACCUCCUGCCCUGCCUGCCCCAGCGUCUACUACCAUCCCGGCAGGUGCGUUGGCACAGAAGAAGCGGCAGCAGUAUGCCAAAAGCAAGAAACAGGGCAGUAAUGCCAACAGCAGGCCACCGAGGGCUCUGUUCUGCCUCAAACUCAACAACCCCAUACGCAGGGCCUGCAUCAGCCUGGUGGAGUGGAAGCCAUUUGAUAUAUUUAUAUUAAUUGCUAUUUUUGCCAACUGUAUGGCCUUAGCUGUCUAUGUCCCCUUCCCUGCAGAUGAUUCCAAUUCCACGAACCAUGACCUGGAAACCGUUGAGUAUGCCUUCCUCAUCAUUUUCACAAUUGAGACCUUUCUGAAGAUUAUUGCUUACGGCUUGGUGAUGCACCAGAAUGCGUACGUGAGAAACGGUUGGAACAUGCUGGAUUUCGUCAUUGUUGUCAUAGGACUCUUCAGUGUUGUCUUGGAGCUUUUGACCAAAGAAGAGAAGGUAGAAAGCGAAGCAGAAGGAGAGGGUCUCCAUCCGUCAAUGCAAGGACAUGGAGGAAAACCAGGUGGAUUCGAUGUUAAAGCCCUUCGAGCCUUCCGUGUGCUGCGACCCCUGCGGCUGGUCUCAGGAGUACCCAGUUUACAGGUGGUGUUGAACUCCAUCAUUAAAGCCAUGGUCCCUCUCCUUCACAUUGCCCUCCUGGUCUUAUUUGUCAUCAUCAUCUAUGCGAUUAUCGGCCUGGAGCUUUUCAUCGGUAAAAUGCACGCAACCUGCUUUAUUCCUGGCUCAGAUGUGAUAGCAGAAGAGGAACCAGCUCCAUGUGCGAUCUCAGGGCAUGGGCGCCAAUGCCCCAUCAAUGGCAGCGAGUGCAGGGAAGGCUGGCAUGGUCCCAACGGUGGCAUCACCAACUUUGACAACUUCCUGUUUGCCAUGCUGACAGUGUUUCAGUGUAUCACCAUGGAGGGCUGGACGGAUGUGUUAUACUGGAUGAAUGAUGCUAUGGGCCUUGAGCUUCCAUGGGUGUACUUUGUCAGUCUUGUGAUCUUCGGCUCCUUUUUCGUUCUUAACCUGGUUUUGGGUGUGUUGAGCGGAGAGUUCUCCAAGGAGAGAGAGAAGGCUAAAGCCCGUGGAGACUUCCAGAAGCUGCGUGAGAAGCAGCAGCUGGAGGAGGAUCUGAAAGGUUACUUGGAUUGGAUCACUCAGGCCGAAGACAUCGACCCUGACAACGAGGAUGAGGCCGAUGAGGGGACCAAGCGCAACCCGAGCGUCCCACCCAGCGAAACAGAAUCUGUGAACACUGAGAAUCAAAACGGGGAGGAGGAGAAGACACCAUGCUGCGGACCUCUGUGUCAAAAAAUUUCAAAGUCAAAGUUCAGUCGGCGCUGGCGCCGUUGGAACAGGUUCUGCCGCAGGAAGUGCCGGUUGGCUGUCAAAUCGGUGCCUUUCUAUUGGCUGGUCAUCAUCCUGGUGUUCCUCAACACGCUCACCAUAUCAUCAGAGCAUUACAACCAGCCAAUGUGGCUCACACAAGUACAGGAUGUGGCCAACAAGGUGCUGCUAGCCCUGUUCACAUGUGAAAUGUUGGUGAAGAUGUACAGUCUCGGGCUACAGGCCUAUUUUGUAUCACUGUUCAACCGCUUUGACUGCUUUGUGGUGUGUGGAGGAAUCACUGAAACCAUUCUGGUCGAGCUGGAAGUCAUGUCUCCUCUCGGUAUCUCUGUGUUCCGCUGCGUCCGCCUGCUGAGGAUCUUCAAGGUCACACGUCACUGGCAGUCUUUAAGUAACCUCGUGGCGUCUCUGCUCAACUCCAUGAAGUCCAUCGCUUCCCUGCUGCUGCUGCUCUUCCUCUUCAUCAUCAUCUUCUCGCUGCUGGGCAUGCAGGUGUUCGGUGGAAAGUUCAACUUUGACGAGACCCAGACCAAGAGGAGUACAUUUGACAACUUUCCCCAAGCCCUUCUCACUGUGUUUCAGAUCCUGACCGGAGAAGACUGGAACGCUGUUAUGUACGAUGGGAUCAUGGCGUAUGGAGGCCCUUCCUCUUCUGGGAUGAUCGUGUGCUUUUACUUCAUCAUCCUCUUCAUCUGUGGAAACUAUAUCCUUCUGAAUGUCUUCUUGGCUAUCGCUGUGGACAACUUGGCAGAUGCAGAGUCUCUCAACACAGACGAAGGAGACAAGAAAGGGGACAAAAAGGAGGAUGAAAAAGAUGACAAGGUAUCCUGACUUACUGAAUCUAACAGUAACUUAUCUUUACAGUUUGAGGAGUUAUACACACUGACACACUUUUCAAACUUUCUACUUGUCUGUUAGGAUGAAGAAGAGGAGAUUGACGACACUGCGGCAGAGGAGGAGGAUCCAGAAGUUCCAUCGGGGCCUCGGCCGGUCAUCUCUGACCUAAUAAAGAAGGAGAAGAUCACUCCUAUCCCAGAGGGAAGUGCCUUCUUCAUCUUUAGCACCACAAACCCGUUCCGUGUGUUUUGCCACAAACUCAUCAACCACCACAUAUUCACCAACCUCAUCCUGGUGUUCAUCAUGCUCAGCUCCGUGUCACUCGCUGCUGAGGAUCCAAUCCGAAACUUCUCAGCUCGCAAUAUUAUACUUGGUUACUUUGACUAUGCUUUCACGGCUAUCUUUACUGUUGAGAUCGUAUUGAAGAUGACAACAUAUGGAGCCUUUCUACAUAAAGGGGCAUUCUGUAGGAAUUACUUCAACCUCCUGGACCUGUUGGUGGUGGGAGUUUCCCUUGUCUCCUUUGGCAUUCAAUCCUCGGCCAUCUCUGUGGUGAAGAUUCUUAGGGUCCUGCGUGUUCUUCGACCCCUUCGGGCCAUCAACCGGGCCAAAGGCCUAAAGCACGUGGUGCAGUGUGUGUUUGUGGCCAUCAGAACUAUCGGUAACAUCAUGAUCGUCACCACUCUGCUCCAGUUCAUGUUCGCCUGUAUAGGGGUGCAACUAUUUAAGGGAAAAUUCUAUCGCUGCACGGAUGAAGCCAAGUCCAACUCAGAUGAGUGCAAGGGCACCUACAUCCUGUAUAAGGAAGGAGAUGUGAACCAGCCAACAAUCCACAAACGACUGUGGCACAACAGCGACUUCAACUUUGACAACGUUCUCAUGGCUAUGAUGGCUCUGUUCACCGUGUCCACUUUUGAAGGCUGGCCUUCUUUACUGUACAAGGCAAUCGACUCCAACAGGGAGAACCUGGGUCCCAUUUACAACUACCGCGUGGAGAUUUCCAUCUUCUUCAUCAUCUACAUCAUUAUCAUUGCUUUCUUCAUGAUGAACAUCUUUGUAGGUUUUGUGAUCGUCACAUUUCAGGAACAAGGAGAGAAAGAGUACAAAAACUGUGAACUCGACAAGAACCAGCGUCAGUGUGUGGAGUACGCUCUUAAGGCACGUCCGCUGAGGAGGUACAUCCCUAAGAACCCGUACCAGUACAAGUUCUGGUAUGUGGUGAACUCCACUGGCUUUGAGUACAUCAUGUUUGUGCUCAUUAUGCUCAACACGCUCUGCCUGGCUGUACAGCACUACGGACAGUCAGCGCUCUUCAACUAUGUAAUGGACAUUCUUAAUAUGGUCUUCACUGCUGUCUUCACUGUGGAAAUGGUUCUCAAACUCAUCGCUUUCAAACCCAGGGGCUAUUUUGGGGAUGCCUGGAAUGUGUUCGACGCCCUGGUUGUGAUGGGCAGCAUAGUAGACAUUGUUCUCAGUGAGAUUGAUAACACGGAGGACAGCGCUCGCAUCUCCAUCACCUUCUUUCGUCUGUUUCGAGUCAUGCGGUUGGUCAAGCUCCUCAGCAGAGGGGAGGGCAUUCGCACUCUGCUCUGGACUUUCAUCAAAUCCUUCCAGGCGCUGCCAUAUGUUGCUCUUCUGAUAGCCAUGCUGUUCUUCAUCUACGCUGUCAUUGGCAUGCAGGUGUUUGGAAAGGUUGCCAUGGUGGACGGCACGCACAUUAACCGAAACAACAACUUCCAGACCUUCCCUCAGGCUGUGCUCCUUCUCUUCAGGUGUGCCACUGGAGAGGCGUGGCAGGAGAUCAUGUUGGCCUGUAUGCCAGGGAAACUGUGUGACCCAGAGUCUGAUUACAACCCUGGGGAGGAGAUGACGUGUGGCAGUGGAUUUGCAAUAAUUUACUUUAUCACCUUUUACAUGCUGUGCGCCUUUUUGAUUAUCAAUUUGUUUGUGGCCGUCAUCAUGGACAACUUUGACUAUCUCACGCGUGAUUGGUCCAUUCUUGGUCCACACCACCUCGAUGAAUUCAAGAGAAUUUGGUCAGAGUACGACCCGGAGGCUAAGGGCAGAAUUAAACAUCUGGAUGUUGUGACACUUCUUCGUCGAAUCCAGCCUCCCCUCGGCUUCGGCAAACUGUGCCCUCACAGAGUGGCUUGCAAGAGGCUGGUAGCCAUGAACAUGCCUCUGAACAGUGACGGCACAGUCAUGUUUAAUGCCACUUUGUUUGCACUAGUGCGCACUGCCCUGAAGAUCAAAACAGAAGGUAAUCUAGAGCAGGCCAACGAAGAGCUGCGAGCUGUCAUCAAGAAAAUCUGGAAGAGAACCAGCAUGAAGCUUCUGGAUCAAGUGGUGCCUCCUGCUGGUGAUGAUGAGGUAACCGUGGGGAAGUUCUAUGCCACCUUCCUGAUACAGGACUACUUUAGGAAAUUCAAGAAACGUAAAGAGGAAGGCCUGGUGGGUGCUCACCCGGCGCAGAACAACACAGCUAUCGCAUUACAGGCUGGCCUUCGCACGCUGCAUGAUAUUGGGCCCGAAAUUCGCCGAGCGAUAUCAUGUGAUCUGCAAGAUGACGAGCUAGUAGACUUUAUUCCAGAGGAAGACGAGGAAAUUUAUAGGCGUAAUGGUGGACUCUUCGGCAACCAUCUCAUGAACGGUGGUCAUCGGCGAUCCAACGGCCACCAGACCAACGCCACGCAGCGACCUCUGCAGGUGCAACCUCCACCUCACUACGCCCACAUGGAGCAGCCGGUGGGACGGCUGUCUCGAGCCAACGCAAUGUCCCAGCCCAACCACCAUCACCACCACAACCACCAUCACCACCGCCACCACAACUCCUACGGAAAGUCGCCCAAAUCCACCAACAUCAACCUCAACAAUGCCAACGUGUCCAGUCUGCCCAACGGAGGACACCAUCGUUACUAUGAACAUGCACCUCCCAAUGGCUACCCAGGUCUUCGCAGCGCCUACUACGACUACGACAAGCCCCGGACACCCCAGGGUCAAAGGUCCCACGGAGUCGAUGGACACCACCCCACCAUCCGCAGGGAGGAGGAGUUUGAUGAAGACCGCUUCUCUGGGGAGUAUUACAGCGGGGAGGAGUUUUAUGAAGACGACAGUAUGCUGUCAGGGGACAGGUAUCCGAACAGUGACACGGAGUAUGAGACUCCCAAAGGUUACCAUCACCCCGACAGUUACUACGACGAUGACGAGCAGCCUCUCUACCGCGACUCACGGAGGUCACCAAAGAGACGGUUGCUUCCUGCCACACCUCAAGGUAACAGGAGGCCAUCCUUCAACUUUGAGUGUCUGCGCAGACAAGGUAGCCAGGACGAGCUUCCACAUCAGCGUACUGCUCUACCACUGCACCUUAUGCAGCACCAGGUUAUGGCUGUAGCAGGCCUGGACUCCAGCAGAGCCCACCGCCUCUCCCCGACCCGCUCCACCCGCUCCUGGGCCACUCCCCCUGCCACUCCGGCCAGUAAAGACCAGUCACCAUACUACACCCCUCUCAUCCGUGUGGACCACCCGCACAGGGAGAGUGCUGCUAGCAGCCACGUGUCUCUGCGCAAGAGCUCCUGGUACACAGACGACCCAGAGUUCUCCCAGAGGAUGUACUCACCUGUCCACCUGCAGGUGCCACCUGAGUACCACAACCAGUACCACCAGAAGAGAGGCAGCGCCACCAGCCUUGUGGAAGCGGUGUUGAUAUCAGAAGGGCUUGGAAGAUAUGCCAAGGAUCCCAAGUUCGUCGCUGCCACAAAGCACGAAAUAGCAGAUGCGUGUGAGAUGACAAUAGAUGAGAUGGAGAGUGCAGCCAGCCACCUGCUGAAUGGAGGGAUGGCCCCGAGCGUCAACGGGGUCAACGUGUUCCCCCUUCUGACUUCAAGGGACUAUGAACUGCAGGACACUGCAGCCAGCUACAGCGACGAGGAGCCAGAGACAGAACCGAGAGCUCCUUAUGAGGAGGACCUGGCAGACGAGAUGAUCUGCAUCACUACUUUAUAGCAGUAGCUGAAGAUAUCUGCAACUUAGAACCUUGUCAGACUACAAUCAGUGAAAAUUUUAAAUAGAAAUGCAUCUGUUGGCUCCGACCAAAAGAAGUGCCUUUUACAUUGAAGAUAAAUAGGCAUAUAGACAAGAGACACAUUAGUCCCGUUCAUUUAAUUGUUCUCCACCUGCCGGCUAAGGAGGUCACGACACAGAGCCAGACACCAUCCCUGCUGAGCACAGAGGGACUGACUGCAAACCUCCUGUCAAAGGCCUUAAGCUGGAGGUGACGUACAGGUUCAGCAUGCAGCCAGUCAGAGAUGAGGACAUUGAUGCCAGUAAAAGAUGGACCAAUUGGCAAAAGUGUGAGAUACUCUCUAGGUUGGGUCUCUAAGGGUGAUGACAAUCAGAUGUACGAUGUCAUUACCUCGGUCACUUUAUUAAGGUUUGGCAUAUCAUGCAAGUUUUCAAUGCAAGCAUAGAAAGGCAUAUCUCCUCCCGUAUUCGUUAGUAUGACUUGAUCCCUUUGUUGUUAGAGCAGACCGUUUAAUGAUCGCUACAGCUGAGUCAAAAAGUGAAGUGCACCAGUAGAGUUGUACCAGAUUAUGCAGGAACUAACUGUCCUACUUAUAGCAUCAUUCAACUUGAGAUAUGUACUUUUGAAGCGACAAACGCAUUUGUGAUAAAUGCAUUAGCAGGCAGGUUAUUUUAAAAUUUUAGAAUAUCCUGAUUAAUAUUUCAUAGUUGAUAUGCUGUAAA